AUGAGCUCUUCAAGCAUUCUGCGGAGCUUGACUCCCUCUACCAAGUUCUCUCGAACCUGGAGGCAAUCUAGCAGACACUUCUCAUCGACGCGACCUGCUGCCCGAAUCGUUGCAAACCAGCCGCUACGGGCUAAGGAAGCCUCGCCCUUUGUGUCUUCGAAAUACCCUGUCAUUGAUCACGAGUAUGACGCCGUCGUUGUCGGCGCCGGUGGCGCAGGGUUGAGAGCAGCGUUCGGUCUAGCGGAAGCAGGCUUCAACACAGCAUGCAUUACCAAAUUAUUUCCCACUCGAAGUCAUACGGUGGCAGCACAGGGAGGCAUCAAUGCUGCCCUGGGAAAUAUGCACGAGGACGAUUGGAGAUGGCACAUGUACGAUACAGUCAAAGGCUCGGAUUGGCUCGGUGAUCAAGAUGCCAUCCAUUACAUGACUCGCGAAGCCCCCCGAUCAGUUAUCGAACUCGAAAGUUACGGAUGCCCAUUCUCGCGAACGGAAGACGGCCGGAUAUACCAAAGAGCUUUUGGAGGACAAUCGCAGAAAUUUGGCAAAGGCGGCCAAGCAUAUCGAUGUUGCGCCGCUGCUGACCGCACCGGCCACGCCCUGCUCCACACGUUGUAUGGACAAUCUCUGAACCACAACGCCAGCUAUUUCAUCGAAUACUUCGCUUUGGAUCUGAUUAUGGAAGAUGGUGAAUGCAAAGGUGUCAUCGCUUACAACCAAGAGGACGGCACUCUGCAUCGAUUCAUUGCAAAGAACACGGUCCUGGCAACUGGCGGUUACGGUCGAGCGUACUUCAGCUGCACCUCUGCCCACACCUGUACCGGUGACGGUAUGGCUAUGGUUGCACGUGCCGGUCUCCCCAACCAAGAUCUUGAAUUCGUUCAAUUCCACCCUACAGGUAUCUAUGGCGCUGGUUGUCUGAUCACCGAGGGCUCCCGAGGUGAGGGUGGUUAUCUUCUGAACUCGGAGGGUGAACGAUUCAUGGAACGCUACGCACCUACCGCCAAGGACUUGGCUUCUCGAGAUGUCGUUUCCCGAUCAAUGACGAUGGAAAUCCGAGAGGGCCGUGGUGUCGGUCCCAACAAGGACCACAUCUACCUACAGCUCAGCCACUUACCCCCGGAGAUCCUCCACGAACGACUACCUGGUAUUUCCGAAACAGCCUCAAUCUUCGCCGGUGUCGAUGUGACGAAACAACCCAUUCCGGUCCUGCCUACUGUCCAUUACAACAUGGGCGGUAUUCCAACUAAGUACACCGGUGAGGUUAUUCGCCAGAACGAGGCUGGCAAGGACGAAGUCGUCCCUGGGCUUUUCGCUUGCGGUGAAGCUGCUUGCGUGUCAGUCCACGGAGCCAACCGAUUGGGAGCCAACUCGCUCCUUGACUUGAUCGUCUUCGGACGUGCUGUCUCACACACCAUCCGUGACAACUUCAGCCCCGGUCAGACCCAAAAGGCAAUUGAAGCCGAUGCGGGUGCCGAGACCAUCAACAUGCUGGACAAGAUCAGGACCUCGGACGGCCCGAAGAGCACAUAUGAUGUUCGAAAUGCCAUGCAGAGGGUGAUGCAGACUGAUGUCAGCGUCUUCCGAACCCAAGAGUCCCUUGACGAAGGUGUGAAGAGGAUCAACGAUGUCGACCAGAUGUUCGACCAAGUCGGGAUCAAGGACCGAAGCAUGAUCUGGAACUCGGAUCUUGUCGAGACUCUUGAGUUGAGGAACUUGUUGACUUGCGCAGUCCAAACGGCUGCCUCUGCCGCCAACCGGAAGGAGUCCCGAGGUGCUCAUGCCCGUGAAGAUUAUCCCGAGCGUGACGACCAGAACUGGAUGAAACACACACUGUCAUGGCAAAAGAACCCGCAUGGCAAGGUCGAGCUCGGCUACAGAGGAGUCAUCAGCCAUACCUUGGACGAGAACGAGUGCAAGGCUGUGCCGCCAUUCAAGAGAGUGUAUUAA